AUGUCCAGCACCUUGGAACAAGCCAAACAAGCCAUCCCUGCCGAGAUUCGCAUGAUCUCUGGUUGCCGUGAUGAACAAACUUCUGCUGAUGUCUCCAACGUUGCCUCGUUUUCUCUUCCGGAUCCUGCUGGACGAGCUGGAGGGGCUUUGACAUCUUCCUUGUUGAAUGUCACCUACGCGGAUCAUACCAAUACUGGAAAGGAUUUGACCUAUUCAGAAACUUUGCUUGCAGUUCGUGAACAAUUGAAGAAGAAGGGCUUUGAACAAAUCCCUCAGUUGUCCUCCUCGCGUCCCAUGUCCGUGGAUGCCCACUUUGAUUUGGUGCCAGAAAACAUGUCGGGAACUCGUCGUGCCGUCAUGAUUGGAAUCAACUACGUCGGCCAACAAGGAGAACUUCGUGGAUGCCACAAUGAUGUCUUGAAUAUGAAGGAGUACCUUAUGGAUGUCCACGGGUUCCAAGAGGGAAACAUUGAGGUAUUGAUGGACGACGGCAAACACACUUCCCCUACCUAUGCCAACAUUGUCGCCGCCUAUGAUCGCAUUGUUUCCGCCAGUGAGGCUGGAGAUGUAGUGUUUUGCCACUACUCUGGUCACGGUGGAAAGCUCCGGGAUGAUAAUGGCGAUGAGAAGGAUGGAUAUGAUGAGACUUUGAUCCCACUUGACUACCAAAGCGCUGGACAAAUUCGUGACGAUACCUUGUACAAGGAUUUGGUUGGCAAACUGAAAGAGGGAGUCUUUGCCACCUCUAUCAUGGAUUGUUGCCACUCUGGAUCUGUCUUGGAUUUGCCCUACGUCUUUGUUGCCGAUGGUGAAGAAACAGAAAUGCAUGUCGCUCCAGACUUUGACUUUGCUCCUCUUAUGUCAAUGGCACAACAAGUACUGCAACAACAAGGUGUCCCUCCACAAAUGAUUGCCCUUUGUAUGGACAAGUGCAACAUUAUGUAA